GAAGACAUCACAAAUUUUCUUCGAUUCCUUAGGGAAAAAUUCCCAUACAUGACUAUCACACCAAAGCUGCAUAUGCUAGAAGAACAUGUUUGCCCUUUUCUUCGACAAUGGCACAUGGGCCUUGGAUUCUACGGUGAACAAGGGAUUGAAGGAAUACACUCUGAAUUCAAUACCCAGUCCCAGCAUUUUGACCAUGUGAAGAAAAAGGACACGAGAUUGCGUCAAAUCCUUGUCAACCACCACAUUGCCACGAGUCCGGAACUUGCAGGGAAAGCUCCCAAACCUAGAGAAAGAAAUUUAAAACGAAAAGCGAACGAGUAA